AUGAUAGGUAUGGGACAGAAAGAAGCCUAUGUUGGAGAUGAAGCCCAAAGUAGAAGAGGUAUCCUCACUCUAAAAUACCCCAUUGAGCAUGGUAUCGUCACCAAUUGGGAAGAUAUGGAGAAAAUCUGGCAUCACACUUUCUACAAUGAGCUUCGUGUUUCACCAGAGGAAUUUGGAAUGCUGCUUACAGAGGCUCCUUUAAACCCUAAAACUAACAGAGAGAAGAUGGCGGAGAUAAUGUUUGAACAGUUCAACGUUCCAGCCAUGUACGUGGCUAUCCAGGCGGUGUUAGCUCUCUACUCUUCUGGGAGAACUACCGGCCAGGUUAUGGACUCUGGUGACGGGGUUACUCAUGCAGUCCCAAUCUAUGAGGGGUACGCUCUUAUACCUCACGCUGUGAUGAGACUAGACUUGGCUGGUAGGGAUCUAACUGACCAUCUGAUGAAGCUCCUGACUGAGAGGGGAUAUGUCUUCAUCACCACCGCAGAGAGGGAAAUUGUCAGAGAUAUUAAGGAAAAGCUAUCGUACAUUGCGUUGGACUUUGAAAAAGAGCUAAAAGCUCCAGAUUCUUCAGAUGGUCUUGAAAAAGCAUAUGGAGCUACCCGAUGGCCAGGUAAUUUUGAUUGGAAAUGA